AUGCCCUCUCUAUCUAAAAUCGCAGCUAUAGCUGCUGUGUCAUUCACUCUCAUCGACGCAAAAGCCUGUGCUCCCCUCGGCGCCGUCUUCCCAGCACCUCAAUCCCCCUCCCAAAGCUCCCUCGUCAAAAAAGCAGCAUCCCUUCUCAAAGCAGGUCUCGAUGCUCAAAUAGGCGCUUUAUUCAACACUUCAGCUCUCUCCAUUGGUGUCAAAUCUCUUCAUGAGGAUGAGCCUUUGUUUACGUAUCAGUGGACACCACCUAAUCCCGGCGAGGGCACUGAUAAGGUAGAUGAUGAUACUGUCUUUCGAAUUGCUAGUGGUUCCAAGCUUUUCACUGCUUUGGCGGCUCGUAUUAGUGAGAAGAUUGAUUUGGAGGCUUCGGUGUUGAAGUAUUUGCCUGAGUUGAAUAAGACGGCUGGGGAUGAUGAUAUCUUUUCGUUGAAGUGGGAGGAUAUCACUGUUGGAUCACUCGCUAGUCAUCUUUCUGGUGUCGGUGUUGAUAUGGCACAGGAUCUUGCCAUCGUUGGCUCAGCACCAUGGCAGCCAUACGGUCUUCCCGAGGUUCCCAAGGGUAAAGGCCCUACCUGCUCUGGUCUUCCUGGAACUACUCCUUGCACCAGAAAGGAUCUUCUUGAGCAGGUCAACCUUCGACCUCCGGUUUAUGCACCCUUCACCAAUCCCAUUUACUCCAACGUUGGGCAUGCUCUACUAGGUCUUGUCAUCGAGGCUGCCGAGGACAUGCCCUUUGAGGAUGUCAUCAAGCGUGAUAUUCUUGAUGUUGUUGGUAUGAAGCAUACUUAUGUCGACAAGACUCCUCCCACGGAUGAUCUCUUCAUUCCUGAAGAGGAGCCAACCUGGAACGCUACUCUUGCUGUUUUCGACUCUGCUGGUGGCAUCUUCUCUUCUGUCUCUGAUAUGCUUCUCCUCGCCGACGGUAUCCUCAGCAACAAGUUCCUCACACCCAUUCAGACCCGCAAGUGGAUGAAACCCGAGGCCAAUACCGCUUCAUGGGGCUACCAAGUCGGCGGUCCCUGGGAGAUCCUCCGCAGCGACAACAUAACCUCCGAUGGCCGUCUCAUCGAUAUCUACACCAAGAGCGGUGAUCUAGGUCUCUACCACUCUCAAACCGUCCUCAUUCCCGACUACGACAUUGUCAUCUCCAUCAUGUCCGGCGGUCUCGAAGCUACUGCAAACCCCUACGUCACCGGCACCAUCCUCAGCAAAGUUCUCCAAAACCUCCUCCCCGCUAUUGAAAAGGUUGGCCGUGAUGAUACAAAGGAGGCUUUUGCGGGUGACUACGAGGACAAGGAGACCAACUCAACCAUUACAUUCGCGAUGGACCACGGCCCUGGUCUUAAGAUCAAGAGCUGGCAGAUCCGUGGUUUCGAUGUUCUAAACAACAUCGGAAACUACAACUUCAACGCCCUCGAGUCCAACGCCUCCACAGAGACUCCCUAUGUUGACGCACGCAUGUAUCCCAGCAACCUGAACAAGAAAGGCCAAACAGUAUGGCGCGCCGUAUUCGACCGUACGAAUUCUACCGCAGAUGCAGAGUACGAUAGUGAACUGUUCUUCAAAGACGGAACAUGCCAGACCUGGUUCCAGCAAGAUCGCAUGGUAUACGAUUACCUGCCGUUGGAUCUGUUUGUCUUUGUUGAGGGCGAGGGGGGUGUUAGUGAGGCUGUGAAGAGUCCCGCUUUCAAUGUGACUUUGACAAAGGUACGACAACCCGCGGAGAAGAAGGCGGCUGAUGAUAAAAGUGCUGCUGAUGAGAUGAGAGUUGGAGGACUUGGUCUUACACUUGUGACUCUUGCGACGUUUAUGAGCUUGUUCUAA